UUGUCUCUAUCAGUCUCGCAAAAAACAUGACGAGUCACAGCAUCAGAGCGCCCUUUCUCUUCCUCCUAAUUCUUCUCCCCCUCAUCAUUUCCCCAACUACCCGACUUGUCCGAUUCGCCGAGGGCGGAAAACGGACGAUCCACAUUACCGACGACCUUGACGACGUAGUUGACGAUGAGGAGGACGAGGCAUGGAAGGAAUGGGGCAAGAAAUCAUCUCCCUCCACUGAAGAAUUCGAUCCUCCACCCUCCGAUUUGCACAAAAUGGAUAUGUCGCAGAUCCAGGCCGAGAUGAUGAAGCGCCAAUCCGGUCCCGUCUUCGGGUUCGUCAAGCUCCGAUUGGGCCUCAAACGAACUCCGGAUAUGGUGGCCGAGAUUGCGAUGAAGUGGAGCAAGGUUAUGAGAACUGGAGCUGUUGAGGUGAAGUUCACAGGUGUUGAUCUCAGCACGAUCAUGUUCACCAUGGAGAGAGGCCAAGACAUGAUGGAGUUGAAGGAGUUCAUAUUGGAGCAAGAGGAGGCGUAUGAGAUGAAGAUUGGGGAUCAAGUUUUCCGGAGACCUGGAGAUCCACCAUUGGAAGAGGUCCUUGAGAAGAUUUACAGUGAGAAAAACAAGGCAGAUGGUUCCAGUACAAUCAAGAAAGAUGAGGAUCUGAAAGAAGAGUUGUAGAUUUCCCACAUGAAAUACUUCUUUUACAUCAAAUUGGUAAUGGCAACCAUCCAGUACCCCAACUUAGGAGCAUUGCUGAUAAUUAAAAUCCAUAUGCAAUAACAGUGAAGUUCAAAUAUGUUUCAAAUGUAUUGAUGCUGUGCUUUUGAAUCUUUGUAAUAGAACAAUACAAUACAAUACAAUGAAGGAUUGACAUA